UUCGUUCCCUUCUCUUCUCUACAUUACGCGCUAUAUAGGAGGUUAAUUAUUCGUCUUUAAAAAACACCAAUUGACAUCCGGUCCCAAGAGAGAGAGGAAAGUGACGGCUGGAUUGUUCGAGAAAAUAUCACGAAGGCAACCCUAUCCGGAACCGUAAACAGUCUCCACGUGCCAGCCGCCAUACGCCGUGCUCACGGCUUCUCCACGCUAGAGAGUCGUUUGAGAGAAACACUUGCGCUAACGAGGGACUUCACUCCCUGUAAUCUGUGACAGGAACGUUACAAGCACGUCGCGCCUGACGUACGCUCAUCUCCGGAUCCAGUCUGACUGUCGCAGUGCUUUACCUCCCGGAGAGCCUUCAGGGUUUCUCCCCACUGCGAAGUUCCGUCCGGCCUUCCGUGCCGCGCUGUCCGCGACUAGCCUCAUCUCAGCCCGUCUGCGCCAGGUAGGAAGGAGCUCACCUGCGCCAGGUGUGAAGGAGCUCACCUGCGCGUCUGAUCCACCGCUCACGGCCUGACGUUCAUCCGUGCCGAGUCCGCGUCUGUCUCCCUUCAUCACGCUUCUGAGUGUCACACAUUCUGCGGGAGCCGAGUACAAGCGCCCCCCUCCCCCUCUCCACCGCCCGCGUGCCGCCCCCCUCCCCCUUACCAUGUCCUCCCAUCUGGUGGACGAGUGCGCCGCGCCGCCCAAGAACUGUUUCCGGCUGGUGGUGCUGGGCACGGCGCGCGUCGGGAAGACCGCCAUCGUCUCCCGCUUCCUCUUCAACCAGUACGACGAUCAGUACACGCCGACCAUCGAGGACUUCCACCGGAAGAUGUACCGCAUCAGGGGCGAGGUCUACCGCCUGGACAUCCUGGACACGUCCGGCGUCCACCCCUUCCCGGCCAUGCGCCGCCUCAGCUUCCUCACAGGCGACCUGUUUAUCCUGGUGUACUCCGUCGACAACUACGAGUCGUACAUGGAGGUGAUGCGGCUGCGCGAACAGAUCCUGGAGUCCAAGGCUUCCUGCAAGACUCGGACCGCCGCGCCGCCCAUGAUCAUCGCCGGCAACAAGGCGGACCGCCCCGAGACGGAACGGGAAGUGCUUUACGACGAAGUCGCAAAAUGGGUGUCCACCGUCAAGAAGUGUGCUUUCCUGGAGACGUCCGCUAAAAAGAACGGCAACAUCAACGAGCUGUUCCAGACACUGUUCGAACUGGCCAAACUCCCCCCGGAGAUGUCGCCGUCGCUCCACCGAAGAGUGUCGAUCGGCGACCAGGCCUGGGAGGCCGCCAAGAAGGGGAUCUCCUUCUACCCCCGGGGGAAGCAGGACGACAACCCCCUGGGGGUGGUGAGCCCCCACGCCAGACGCCCGAGCUUGCGCAGUGACUUGAUAGAGGCUGAGGCGAAAGCUGAGCAGGAGCAGCGACGGGCCGAGAAGCCCAGCAUCCCCAAAAUCUCUUCCGCGCUCAGCCCCUACAGGUCACAGUACAGGUCGUGUACAUGUCAGUGAUGCCCCAACAAGCCUGCAUAGAGGCUACUACAUGUCAGUGAUGCCCCAACAAGCCUGCAUAGAGGCUAGUACAUGUCAAUGAUGCCCCAACAAGCCUGAUUAGAGGCUACUACAAGUCAGUGAUGCCCCAACAAGCCUGUAUAGAGGCUAGUACAUGUCAAUGAUGCCCCAACAAGCCUGAUUAGAGGCUAGUACAUGUCAUUGAGGCCCCAACAAGCCUGAUUAGAGGCUACUACAAGUCAGUGAUGCCCCAGCAAGCCUGUAUAGAGGCUAGUACAUGUCAUUGAGGCCCCAACAAGCCUGAUUAGAGGCUACUACAAGUCAUUGAGGCCCCAACAAGCCUGAUUAGAGGCUAGUACAAGUCAGUGAUGCCCCAACAAGCCUGAUUAGAGGCUUUUAGAAGUCAGCCUGCAUAGUGGCUAUUGUCAGUGAUGCCCCAACAAGCCUGUAUAGAGGCUAGUACAUGUCUGUGAUGCCCGAACGAGCCUGCAGACAGGCCAGUACAUGUCAUUGAGGCCCGAAGAAGCAUUAAGAUAGACUAGUACAUGUCAGUGAUGCCCCGACAAGCCUGAAUAUAGGCUAGACUAAUGGGGUACUCUGGUUAGUUUAAUCCCCUAGGGGCCUGCAGCUAGGUUAUCGCGACGUCCUAAACGUCUUUAGCCAGGUAAUUGUAAAUCGUUCAGAGGCUUGACACCAGGCUGUUGUGAGGCUCAAGAAGACUGGUGCGAGGCUAUAUGAUGGGACAUUCCUCCGUUUGAAGGCUCAUGGGCCUGACGUCAUCGGGGCAGUUACAACUCCAUUCACGUGUUGGCGUACUGAGGAGAACUGCUUAAAGUUUUAACUAUUCUUACACUGGUAUCAGGUGACUUAGGGGUGCUUAUGGAGGCAUCCCACUGUCUCUACCCUUCUCCAGUUUGUUCAGGUUGUCACUAGUCCGCCAAAAUAUUCAGGUAAUUAACAAAUUAAUUUAUUUGGAGAGCGGACUAGGAACAUGAUAACACAUUCCAACACUGUGAGAGGGGUACAAUAUGCUUUCUUCCCUAUUUCUGUUGUAGACUUGAUAAAAAAAAGAGUUGAACAUUGAAAUAGGCAAAAUGAGUGGAAAGAGUAACAACGAAAAUGGGCACGUUUCACCGAAUAUUCACGAAUUGAAAAUUGUAAAAGCAUUUUAUCUCAAUGUUUCCUGAAUGUACUCUUCCGCACAAAUCCAAAAGUCUGGAUCCUUAAGCUUAUUCCAGCUUUAUUGACCAAAAAGGAAGAAACCCAACACCAAAUGACGUAAUGUGACGUACUGUGACGUGUCGUAAGUCGUGGAUCAAUGGUGGAAAAAUAACCAAAGUGUUAGUCUGCCCCACCCCUACACAUAUGAAUGGAAUAUCCCUUCAUGACGAAAGAGGCUACCCAGUUGUUGAGAGGCUCUGCUGCUAUGCACACGUACCUGUCAAUGAAUGAACAUGUUCAUGAAUGAACCUGUUCAUGAAUGAAGUUACGCACACGAGAGGCGACAGAAGUAACCCAGGACACUACAGACCAACUUAUGCAGACGUUUUUUCUAUACUAUUCAAGUUUAUCUCUGAGUGUCAGUAAUCUGUGCUGAACGAAGUCCGUCCGAAUCGCAGGGGUCGAAUGUGGGCUUCAAUGUAUUCAUCGCGCGAUGUUCACGCGAGAGACCUUUGAACCGGUAGUAAAAGUCGCAAGAAAAUUUGGGGCAGAUGACGUAGUGUUUGGGCGGAAAUGACGUAGAGUAUAGCGUUUAGAAGACUGUUGUAUUAAACGAGGAUUCACCUUGGCGGGAACUGAAAGACAAAUGAUCUGCUCAAGUUUACGCUGGUUCUCCUGGUGUUUUCACUGCUUUGUAAAGUUUGCUUUUCCUUAUUGUAAAUAGACAUAGUUGAUUGGAUUAGCAGUACAAUACCGGCCGUGGAAGAGACAAGAAGCAUGUUCACUCACCCAACUACGCCUGCGCAUGCGCCUGCGCAUGCACAGCUGAAUCCAUGAACAUGCUUAUCAUCACAAAUAUAGAUGAAAUUGGGUGAAAUAUGAAAUGCGGUUGCAACAUUUCUGACAAAAAAAAGAAACGCAACAGUACCCAUACCAAAAAGCAGCAGACGAAUGCAGCCACGCACUAUCAGGCAAACGUUUGAGAAAAAAGAAAUACACAAAUCACGAAUAACACAAACAACAAAGAAGGAGUUUAGAAUUUCUGAAUCAACAGACUUCCCUCUAGUGACCAAUGCCGCUUGUCGUUUCAUGCGUGAUACAGUCCUCUUGCCACGGCCGGUCUUGUCGAACGCUCUCUUUGGGCAGCCUAUGUCACGUGGCUUCCAACUCAAGCAUUUAAAUAGUCGCGUUAUAGUGACGUGUUAUUUCCACCAACCAAUAACGCGUUCUUUUUCUCCCAAAAUGGAGAAUCGGGUGCCUAAGUUGUUCUUUAUGUAGCGCUUUAUCAGAAUGUUUACCCCGGCCGAAUGUCGAUGUUCAUGUUGGAGAAUUGUACAUACUGUAAUGAUAUAUAUAAUACGAAACACCUUAAGAUACGUACUUACACCGAGUCUCGGGACUUUCCCAUACUUCAGACCUUUGUAGAAGGAGGACUAGGUCAACUGGGUCUUUUUUAUGUGUAACAAUGUUGGCUGAAUCUAGGAAAGACUCAGAUACGUGAGGUUGGGAGUGAAAUCAUGUGAUUUUGUUCUCUCUUCUACCACAUAUUUACUUCUAAAACCGUCUCCCUCCCUCCCGUGAUCCUAGCCUUCUUUCCUACCUACCUCCUUUUCUUCAUCUUUUCUUCCCUCUUUCCCUCCCCUUCUCUCUCUCUCUC